AUGGAUCCACCUCCCGAGAUGCCGUCGGAAGCCGUCAUGGGCCCCAAGUCCAUGCCGACGACGCCCGCCGCAAGCGACGGCCCCCCGAGCGAUGCACGUACUUGCCCGUGGCGCCGACGCCGUCGCCGCCCUCUAAUCCCCCUCCUCCUAAUCGCAGCGGCCAUUGCAAUUUUCACGCUGCGGCUCCCAGCCGUGAGUGGCGGACCUGGUAGCCGCUUCGAGGGCUGGGCGCCGGCGUGGCCUGCGCCGGCGUCGUCGUCGUCGUCGCCGGCCGGGCUCGACGGGGACGCCGGGCAAAUGGGCGUCGUCGGGCGGCAGUUCAACCCGUUCCCCUUCCCGCCCGCGCGCCGCCGGGCCGUCGUCGAGUGCCUGCAGGUCGAGAAGCCCGUCCUGAUGCCCAAGGUCGAUGACAACGGGGACUCGGCCGGCCGGGACCCGAAGGCCUCGCGGGGCUGCAGCGUGUUACUGAUGGAUCAUGUGUUUGCCCGCAGCUACGGCCAGCCCUUCGUGGGCAACUACUCGCCCCCAGAUUGCGACUUCAACAGGGUCGCCAUGAACUUCACCGUCGUGUCAGAAGGUAGGCAGUUCGACAGGCUGGCCAUCAUGUACCUCAACGACACCGAAGUCUGGCGCACGUCAACGGCCGAGCCUGUGGCUCCCCCGGGGAUCCGCUGGGAGUACCACAAGGACAUGACGCCGUACCUUUCCUUCUGGAAAACGCCCCAGACCGUAAUCUUUGAUCUUGGGAACCUGAUUGAUGACACCUACAACGGCACCUUCAACGCCACCCUGACGGCCACCUUCUUCAGGAGCGACGCGAGGACGGCGGCGGCCACCCCCGCGGACCUCAUCAUCCCCAUCACAGGCCGCAGGGGCGGCCAGGCCACCAAUCCGGUCAGCGUAUUUGUCGUCCCCGAGCAGGACGCCCGGGCCACGGUCGCGGCCUUCCCGCGCAACGCCAACCGCGCCGUGCUGUCCGUCUCGGCCUGCGGGCAGGCGGCCGAGGAGUUCUGGUGGUCCAACUUUCUCGACAGCGACGUCGCGGCCUUUAACGACACGGCCGGCGUGGGCUACGGGUACAGCCCCUUCCGCGAGGUCCGGGCCCUCAUCGACGGGAAGCUCGCGGGGGUCACCUGGCCGUUCCCCGUCAUCUUCACGGGCGGCGUCGUGCCGAGCCUCCACCGCCCCGUCGUCGGUCUCCAGGCCUUUGACAUGCGCGAGCACGAGAUCGACAUCACGCCGUGGCUUCCCCUGCUCUGCGAUGGGAACCCGCACUCCAUUUCGUUUAUUGUGUCGGGCCUGCAAGACGACGGAGGGACCAAGGCAGACCUGACAGAGAAAGUGAACUCGAACUGGCCAAUCACGGGAAAGAUAUUUGUGUGGCUUGACGAGCCGGGCUCCGUGACGACAGGCACCACCCCUGAAGUCCGCGGGCUGGAUCCAAACAUUGCCAUCUCGCGCCACCUGUCCCAGGAUGCCCGCGGAUCGAACCAGAGCCUCGCAUUUUCUGUGCAUGUGCAGCGCGACUUCACAGUAACAUCAACGGUGGUGACGAAGCACCGGACCACCACAAGCACCUGGCGGCAGAGGCUGUCCUUUAUCAUCCAAAGCAACGUGACGGAAUACGGAAAGACCCAGAUCGUAGACUUGAACGUCACGGGCGCCGACACGGCCUCGUCCGACAAGGCGUCCAUCUACGGGCACGACUACCACUACCCGCUCGGCGUCAACAUGCGGACGUCGACGGACAGCGCGGGCGCCCUCUCCCUCGCCGCGCGCCUCGACCAGGGCCUCGUGCUGCAGACGUCGGGCGCCGCCGUGUACCCCGACGGGCUCGAGGCCUUUGGCACGGCGGCCCACGGCGUCUACGCCGCGAGCGUCCUGUCGACGUCACGUCGCGGGGUCGCCACGUUCCGCCAGUCGGCCGACAAGCGGUCCACGUCGGCCUCGGGCCGCACGGCGCAGGCCUUUUCGUUUGGCGGCAACUUUGAGCGCUAUCCGGACCUUAGCUCACCGGACGGUGGUGGUGGUGGUGGUGGUGGUGGUGAUGGCGGUGUUGGCUCUCAGCCCGACGUGAUGCUGUACUUUAGGAACAUCAGCACAGAUGGUAACGACGUCGUCCGCGACAGGGUGUCCGUCUCGGACUCGGCCCUUGGGGACGCCGCCGUCGUUGCUCGCUUCGAGGGCGAGGGCGGCGGUGAGGACGAGGACGGCCCGUUCAGGCCCGCUGGCGAGCAGUUCAUCAUGACGCCGCCGCCGGCCGCUGUCGGUGGGGAAGAGGAGCAGCCCGGUGGCGGUGGUGGUGGUGGUGCUCCCGGGGCCGGGGCCCAAGGUCAGGUUUCUGGCGAGUUUGCCGUUGCCAGGUUUGGGCCGUUCGCUGGGUAUGGGGAGGCCUGAGAUAGACGCCGUGGAGGAGGAUUUGGCACAGUCUUCUUCUACGGAAGAGCUGUGACUUCCAGUCGGCGUGUUUUUUUCCAACUCGCCCUGGCCUGACUCUCGGUUUUAAUAGCAGGCCACCCAAGUACCAACCUGGGCGGACGGGCAUUGGAGUAUUCGUGCCUCACGACUGUGCGAUAGGUGGUGAAGAUAUCUAUGUGGAGAUGCGUAUCAGUAGGACACGAUCGAGGUUCCGUGUUUUCAGAGCAGGCGAGGGAUAAACCUCCCAAAAAGAGGGCUUCCCGCCUCAUACCCCUUAUACGUGUGUGAUCCACGUGACAGAACAGGAACCUAAAAGCCAUUUUCCGUCAGUGCAGCAAAUGUCACUCAUCGUGUCCUGAAUCUUGCUUGACAAUGGGUGGAUUUUGUAAGAAGCUAUGCUGAAGUACAAUGGGAGCGAAAAGAGAAGAAAUCUCAUGGCGAGAGACUAGGCAGGAAAGAGAAGAGAAGAAAGGUCCGUAUCCAUCUUCCUUCGACGCGGUGAACCAACUCCUCCCUUCC